CUGUAUAUGAGCCCUUUAGUCACAAAUUCUCCGGGAGUAACGAAGUGGACAAUGUCCUUUCUCGUGACGAUCCUCCUUGGUUCUUAAAUUUCGAGGAAACGAAAGAUGGAUAUUCCGACAUCUCAGCCACUGAGGCAACAUUCAACGAUAUUUCCGGCAACUUCCAGUAUAUAACUUAUCUUACGCCUGAAGGCUCCUUACCGCAAUCCUCACAUUCAGAGUUCUGGGACGUUGGAGGCGACCUGUAUACUACAUUUGUUUUGUCGAGCAGUCAGCCGAAUGAUGGUAUGAUUAGGUUUUGCUGUCGGGACUUGGCCAGAAACACGGCGGCUGUCUUGGGUUUGGGGUCAGCACUAUUAUCAGACUUGGAAGUAGGUUUUGAUGCAGAUGAUGAUGAACACCUCCGCAGACAUGUUCUCUUCCAUAUCGAAGCAGCCUUCGACCCAGCCAUCGAUGAGGCCAUCCGGCGAAUUAACAUGGCGCUAAAGGAGCUUGAUCCCAAUCUUGAGCGAUGCACUACAGAGAUACAGUCUCGUGUGCGUCGAGACUUGAAAGUCCAAUAUGGCUCGGUUUUUUCUCUGUCUCCCUCGGUGCUCCAAGCAUUGCACGAGCGCAAGCUCACCAGUCUCAGUUCACGAACGUCAUUCGAGCUGACACAGAGGGGGCUACGCCUGGAAUUGCCUAUGCUCGAGGUGCGCGAGGUGGAGCUGCUGGAGACGAAGAACGGUGUGCACGUCUACAAGCUAGACGUACCUGGCUUGCGGGAUGUUCUUGUCGAGACGGCGGAGACGCUAAGAGUGCUCUCGCCGAUGACGCUCAUGCUCGCUAUCCUGGAUUUCAAGGAGUACGCUGGCUUUAAUAUCCUCAACGAACUGGGACCGAAACAGGAUAACCACCACCAGGCGUUGGUCUUGCGCCUGCUGCGUGCUGAUAUGACCCAAUACAGAAAGGUUGCCACGCAGGGUAUUGUUCAUGUGCGAAGCUGCUGGGGAAACAACUUCGAGACGUCUAUCCAGACGGUAUACGUGAAAUGAUGAUGUGGAAAGUGGCCAUGGGCUUGGGGUCGGUAGCUUGUGUGAUCUAGGUGGCUACUGAUCGAAAACGAUUUUCUCAGGACGCACCAGAAAGUUCUCCAAUAGUUUCAGCCAUUUACAUUUUUCUCUCCUUCUCUCCACUCCUGCAUAGCUCUAUAUAGCCGCUUUAUUUUCUCUUUCAUACCAUUUUAUAUUUUCCGUAGAGUCUGUCGAUUUCGUGUCAAGCAGCAUGCUGGUCAGCACGGUUAAAAAUGACAGCCUUUUGCAAUGUCGCCACGACACUCAUCCACUUAAUGGAUCCAAAUUUAUAAAAAUAGCCCCUGAAUACCCUCCGAUAACGUACUUACGAAUAUUAUCCAAACCCGCUAGUUAUACAGCACCGUGCUCGAAACGCCAAACAACAGCUCUACAUUUCAUCUAAAACCUCAAGUUGCCAUGCGCAGUUCUACCCUGCCUCGAGGUCGACCAAAACUGAAAAUGACGCCUUCACGGU